AUGAAGACAAGCAGUGCCCUAUGCCACUUCAUCAAGAACAACCUGCUCCUCGUCUCGACCUUCGCAGCGGUCCUUCUCGGGAUCAGCGCCGGCCUGCUCGUCAAAGAAUUUUUCACGCCUAAUGCCGAGGCGAUUCGGUUGAUCAGCUUCCCGGGCGAGAUGCUGCUCCAGAUGUUCAAGAUGAUUGUCGUGCCGCUGCUCACCGUCGCACUGAUCGUCGGUGUCGGAAGUAUGGAUCGAGACGAGAUGGGCCAUAUCGGAGGGACGGCGGUGGCAGUUUUUGGCGGAACGACCAUUGCAUCGGUGUUGAUCGGUCUCUUGAUAAUGAUUGCCGUUCAUCCGGGCGAUCAACACUCGGGCCUUUUGGCGGACCCAAAUCUGAAUAACUAUGACGGGGGCCAUCCGAUCGACCCGUGGGACUCGAUCCUCGACUUGAUCAGAAACGCUUUCACGGACAACAUCGUCGACUCGGCCAGCCGACUGCAGGCUACUGUCAAAAAUAAAGCGGGCCGCGGAAAGGAGAUGACAAAAUAUUGGGUGAAGGUUGAGGACGGGAAUCGGACCCGUUUCGAGGAGCGCGAGAUGCUGACCGAUGUGCCGGGCACUGAAUUGAAGAAGACGGUCGUGAAGAAGGAUGGCAGUAAUGUGUUAGGACUGGUCACCUUUGCCCUGACGCUAGGGAUUAUCAUGUCUUCUAUGGGUGAAGAAGCUGAGCCGCUGAUGAAGCCUCUGCGGGUUCUUGACAAGGCAGUAGCUACCGUGGUGACGCUCAUCGUGUGGUACUCCCCGAUCGCCAUCGUGUUCCUGAUCGCCGGCCAGCUGAUCCAAGUCGAUGACCUCGGGCGAACAUUCAAGCAGAUGGGCUACUAUCUCGGCAUUGCCACGAUGUGCCAAAUCUUGGUGUUCGUCCUCCAAAACACGCUCUUCAUGGUGCUCACCGGGACCAAUCCGUUCAAGCUGGUCCAUAGCCAGCUCAAGGCUAUCGCCAUCGCGUUUGCGACUGCUUCCAGCACCGGCACAAUCCCGGUGAACAUGGAAUGCAUCGAGAAGAAUAUGGGCGUCAACAAACAGAUUUCCCAAGUCAUCAUACCUGUUGGGGCGACGAUCAACAUGAACGGGACCGCGAUGCAUAUUGCCGUCUCUUGCAUGUUCAUCGCCCAGCUAAAUGGAAUGACCCUUGGCUUCUCCCAAUGGAUCAUGAUUGCGGUCACAUCGCCACUGGCUGCCCUCGGCGCCGCUGGAAUUCCGGCGGUAUCUUUGGUGACGAUGACCAUCGUGCUAACUGCCAUCGAUGUGCCGCUUGCCGGCAUCAGCGUCGUCAUCCCCAUCGACUGGAUAUUAGAUCGCUUCCGGACCGUGAACAACACCUACGGCGAUGCGAUGGUGGCAUGUCUGAUUCAACACUACUUUGGCAAAAAGUUGGCCGAGGGCGAUUCGGAACGCCAGCUUGAAAGCCAAUCCCAGGAUAGGGAUUCCACAAAGUCGGCCCCGGCCACUCCGACGCACACGACGCGCGAAGUGGUCAGCCAUGAUACGCAGUCGCACAAAUCGCAAGAUCACCACGGGGACACCCCUCCAAGGCCGGAAACCCCACGAAGCCUUCAUAAGCCAGCGAAGAACCUCACCGAGUACCUGAACAACAUGAAUCAGGAG